AGAACGGAAGCGGAAGCUGUUAUUGAAAUUAAAGAUGUCAGCCUCCAUGAAACCAAAUUGAACAUGAGCAAAAUAGUUUCUGACGAUUUGAAAAGAAUUUUAGACAAAUACAAGACAUUCACUGUUCUCGAAGCCAGAGAAAAAAUAAGAUGUGAACUGUCAGGCCAUGAAAUGCCUUGUCGUCUAGAUGCCCUGGAAAGUUACAUUAAAGGAAAGAAAUUUGAAAAACUUUUGGAAAAACAUAAUUAUCAGUAUGAAAAACAGCAUCUGACUCAAAGUAUAAAAAAGGGAAGGAGCCAUCAGUUGUUUUGUACAUUGACAUAUCGACAUCUUAAUAAUACUCCACAACAUAUACAGAAACAUCUUGAAGGCAGGAGAUUCAAGAAAGCUUUACACAAAUGGGAAGAAUGUCAGAAGACAGGGGAAACUUACAAACCCCUCUUCAGACCAAAACAGAAACAGAAUAUAUCAGAUACAGAAAUAAUGUCAGAUGCAGACAAUAGUAUCCAUGGUGAUAAAGAUGAUAAGGAUGACUUCAGUGACCUUUACCCAGCUGAGGAUUUUGAAGAAAAUGAAAGUGAUGACCAAUCAGACAUUGACAGUAGCCUUGAUAAUGAUGAAGGUCAAACAUUAAAUGCCUCAGCAUCACAAGAAAAUAAGUCGGACUCAGAUUAUGAAUUUGAUGACUUGGAAGAUGAAAAAAAAAUAGUCAAAGAUGUCUCAAUAAAACUACAGACAAAGAAAAGAAAAAUAAAAUACAAACAAAAGAAACAGAAGAAGACAAAGACUUAAUAAAUACUUACAAUUUA